AUGGAGGGUUUCGAAGACGGGCUCGUAUUGACGCCCAUCUUGGCCACCUCCAAAAUCCCAAUUCUUGCCUUGAUAAUUGGUUACUGCUACAAGGAUUUGCCACCGUCCACAGUCCCCCCGAUACUCUCUACCUUGGUCCAGCUUAUAGAACAUAACGACCUCAGGGAGAGCCAGACAGAGUUGAUCAGCCUGUAUUUUCCCUCUCUCAAGGAGAUUCUCAAAUUGAUAGAAGACGCGGUCACGUCUUUUGCAAAGGAGAUGAAUACGCAGACCCCCACGGAGGUGGCUAACGAUGUCAAAGCUGUUCAGAAAUACCUGCUAAAUUCGCUGUGGAGUAUAACUUCUCUGGACAUGUUCCACGAUUUUGUGUCCGGCGUCAACAGGCUGCUAGUAGACUAUGAGAACACACCCAAAAAUGAGAGUGUCGACAAAGGAACGCAACCGGAAAAGCUCCUUACCUCCUCCAGUUUUCUAGGCAGGUUUGUCUACAACAUAGCAAUCGCAUUUGAAGUGCUGGUGUUCGACGAUACUGUUGAGCUUUGGAACACGUUCCUCAAAUACAGGGAGGAAACGAAGGAGCUUUGGUCGAACCUCAAUGGCCAUGAGGUCAGACAGAGCCAUCAUGACGAACCACAAACGCAGUGGCAGAGACAGGUGCUGCGAAACAGCGGGUUACUGGACGCCCGUGUGGACGGCUCGCGUCAACAGGUUAUCUCGCAAAUUGACCUUGCACAGAUGCUCGAGCAGCAGGUUCAGAUAAUGCAAAAAUAUUCUCCUCCUCCGCCUCAAGAGUUGGAAACAAAGCGAUUAUGA